ACAUACAACGUGGACAGACAGGUCCCAGACAGUGCAGGCACAGCCACAGCCUACCUGUGUGGGGUCAAGGCCAACUACAAGACCAUCGGUGUGAGCGCAGCUGCCCGAUUCGACCAGUGCAACACCACAUUUGGCAACGAGGUCGUCUCAGUGAUGUAUCGUGCCAAACAAGCAGGAAAGUCUGUGGGAGUGGUGACCACCACGUCGGUGCAGCACGCCUCUCCAGCUGGCACCUACGCACACACGGUGAACCGUGAUUGGUACUCGGAUGCAGAAAUGUCCGCCUCAGCGCUGCAGGAGGGCUGCAAGGACAUCUCUCUACAGCUCAUCUCCAACGUGGACAUUGACGUGAUCCUCGGUGGUGGCCGCAAGUUCAUGUUUCCCAAGGGAACACCAGACCAGGAAUAUCCAGACAACGCUGGCCAGGCUGGAACCAGGCUGGAUGGACAGAACCUCGUUCAAGAGUGGCUGGCAAAGUAUCAGGGAGGAGCCAAAUAUGUUUGGAACCGCACAGAGCUCAUUCAGGCGUCCCUGGACCCAUCUGUGACUCACCUCAUGGGCCUCUUUGAGCCUGAACACAUGAAAUAUGACAUCUACCGAGACCCUACCCAGGACCCCUCCCUGGCGGAGAUGACAGAGGUGGCCGUGCGCAUGCUGAGCAGGAACCCCCGAGGCUUCUACCUCUUUGUGGAAGGGGGCCGCAUCGACCAUGGUCAUCAUGAAGUCAUAGCUUAUCGUGCACUGACUGAGACCGCCAUGUUCGACUCGGCCAUUGACAAAGCGGACCAGCUCACCAGUGAGCAGGACACCAUGAUCCUUGUCACUGCUGACCACUCCCACGUCUUCUCUUUUGGUGGCUACACACUUAGGGGGACCUCCAUUUUUGGGCUAGCUCCCUUCAAGGCUCAGGAUGGCAAAUCCUUUACCUCGAUCCUAUAUGGCAACGGUCCCAGCUAUAAGCUCCAGGAAGGUGUCCGGCCCGAUGUCACUGACAAGGAGAGCCGUGAGCCCUCGUACCGGCAGCAGGCGGCUGUACCGCUGUCCUCAGAGACCCACAGCGGGGAGGACGUGGCGAUAUUCGCGCGUGGCCCGCAGGCACACCUGGUGCACGGAGUGCAGGAGCAGAACUACAUCGCGCACCUCAUGGCCUUUGCAGGCUGCCUGGAGCCCUACACCGACUGCGGCCUGCCGCCCCCUGCCGGCCAGAGCAGUGCGGCGAGCCGGGGCCAGACCUCCACCCUGAUGCUCCUGUUGGCAGGGACAAUGUUGAUGGUGGUGGCAGCUGAGCCCUGA